ACACAAACGACGCUGUCUCUUCAGUCGCUUGCCGAUCGUCAGUGGAGAGUGAGGUUUUGUCGAAAUGGCUGAAGUGUUCAAACUUGGUGAUUUAGUAUGGGCAAAGAUGAAGGGAUUCUCGCCUUGGCCGGGCCGGGUAUCAAUGCCAUCGAAGGACUUGAAGAAACCAGCUAACGCCAAGAAGAGUGCCGUUCAAUGUAUAUUUUUCUUCGGAACAAAUAAUUAUGCUUGGAUUGAAGAAGCAAAUAUUAAACCGUACCACGAGUAUAAGGAAACGCUCAUCAAAUCCAACAAAUCCGGAGCAUUUAAAGACGCUGUUGAGGCGAUCGAAGAGUUUAUUGCAAAGGGAGAGGUAUUCGAAGAUGGUUUGGAUCCAGAUUCUUUAUUCGAUAGGCUUAAAGAAGACUCGGCGAUAGUGGUUGAGAAAAAAACACCUAAGAUCAAGCUACGCAAGGAGACACCAAAGACCAGAAGAUCGGAAAGCAGUGGCGGAGAUGGACGCAGAUCUGCUAAAAAGCAGCGUCGAGAGUCGAGCACCAGCAACAGUAACAGAGUGGGCAGUGUCAGUCCGGGAUUGAACCAUGCUUCACCUCCCAGGAAGUCUGCCUCUACGCUUCUUGACAGGCCUGCAAACAUCGCCAGACCUGUGACACCGCCGUUGGACGUGGAGACGCUCUCGCAGACUUUGAAAGAGAAGAACAUCCUCCCAUCGACGUUGAAGUUCGGAUUCCUUGGGCUGGGAAUCAUGGGCAGCGGGAUAGUCAAGAACUUGAUAAAUAGCGGCCACACUGUGAUCGUCUGGAACAGAACACAAGAAAAGUGUACAGAUUUUGUCAAGGCUGGCGCUGAACAAGGACUAACACCAUCAGACGUAGUUUUGGCAGCCGACAUUACCUUUUCUUGCGUAGCCGAUCCCCAGGCUGCAAAAGAUAUGGUGUUUGGUAACUGUGGAGUUCUCAUGGAAAUAUCACCAGAUAAAGGAUAUGUUGAAAUGACAGGAAUUGACGCUGAAACAUCACAGGACAUUGCAGAGGCAAUAAAUGCAAAGGGUGGACGAUAUCUCGAGGCCCAAGUACAAGGUAGCAAAACGCAGGCUCAGGAAGGCACACUUGUUAUUUUGGCUGCUGGGGACCGUUCUCUAUUCGACGAGUGUCAGUCCUGUUUUGAAGCAAUGGGAAAAAACAGUUUUUACCUUGGCGAAGUUGGCAAUGCCUCGAAAAUGAACUUGGUUUUACAAUUAAUGGCUGGGGUUACUUUGGCUGGUCUUGCCGAAAGUAUGGCUCUUGCCGAUCGUGCUGGACUCCAGCAAAAAGAUGUGCUUGAAGUAUUGGAACUCACUUCUUUGGCUUGUCCUGCUGUCCUUGAUAAAGGGAAAGCUAUCAUUGAAGGAGGCUUCCCAACACAGCUACCACUUCAGCACAUGCAAAAAGACUUGAGACUUUCGCUGGGAAUGAGCGAUCAAUUGGAACAACCUUUGCCGUUAGCAGCAGCAGCCAAUGAAGUUUAUAAACAUGCCAAGCGCCUUGGUUAUGGUGAACACGACGCUUCGGCGGUGUAUAUUAGGGCCAGGUUCUAACAGGGUCUUGGUAUUGUUGGAUCGUGGGCAAUUGAUAAUUUUUAUUUAUUGCAAUAUACCUACUCUUUGUGUCUCUAGAUAAAAUAAUAAACUAAUGCUCGCGAAAAUCGACGUUUUAAAGUCUUAUUUGAACAACAAAGGUACUUUUCAACACGCGGAUGAUAUCAGUGUACGCAUUGAGUAGGAGACGCACAUUGGCGUUUACUGUCUACUGACUCGAGCGAAUCGUUACAUUGCUUUUGAACAAUUAUUGGAAGUGAGACCAGGUAUGGAACAGUUGUGAAACAGGAGAAGAAAAGUGUAUUUUUUUACGACAACUAAAUGCUGAAGCAAACGAAGUAAGAAAUAAACAUACAUUGCACGUAGUUAUCAAUCUGCAGUUGUCAUAGUUGAUGAAAAGUUCUUAUUUUCUUUUUUCUUAUUUCUCAUUACCAUUAUCUCGAGCGCUGACAUGAGUUAGGCCACUUCCAAGGGACUAAUUUAGUCUCAGUGUAUUAAACCAUCAAAUUGUGCAGAUUGAUAAAAGUCUCAUCUUCGUGCUAGAUUAUCAAUCCUUGAAAAAUAUGGGUCAUCCGCAGUACCUCAAUUUGACCGUGAAUAUUGUGGUUAAAAGUGAACAGCUUCAGUUGUUGGCAUUAUUAUUAUUACUAUUGUUAUAUUUACGUCAAAAAAUUAAUGAUUAUUUUAACAGAAAAUCGCUUCAUUGAUUAAGAAUUUUUCUAAACAAGUAUCAGAAUUGUGUGACCUGACGAGGUACAACGUGUGGCUUUGUUAUGUGUAUAUCUCAACGACGUCUUAGCGAGGGACGAAAAAUCCGGCGUGUUUUACAGUAAUGUGGUAUGAUCUCACAUGUUUAAACUAUUAUAAUUGAUGCCUUUGUAAUAUUUUACUAAUCAGGCGUAUACAUAUCUGUAUGUGCCAGGCUGCAGUAAUUUUUGCAUAACAUACUAUCCCCAAAAUCUAUCUGACACUGCAUAAUAUAAUUCUUAGAGCAUGAAAAAACCUAUAGUCCAUAUUUCGAUAUUCAUAUGAACCACGAGCAUUGGAGUUUUCCAAACAGCGUAAUCCGAGCGUGCAGAAAGUGAGUUGACGUAGCCACUUAGAAGUUGGUUUAAAACAAAAAUGAGACUCAUUUUAUUUUGCACAAAUUUAAUGUACGUUAACUAUACAUUUAAAAGGGGAUACAUGAUUCUUGUUUCCCUGAAAAAUGUAAUAUUCGUAUACAACAUUAUCAUUAUAGAAGGAUAAUAUUUUGAUUAGAUACGACAAUUUGAAAAUACUUCAUUUCUCACCUUUUUUGUUACAUUUUUCGUGCCAGAGAGAAAACGAAUUGAUCACAUAGGAGCGUUGAACGCCUCAGGGUCUGUGAUUAUUCUUUUACCCAUUGUGUUAAACCAUUUGGCAGAGGGGCUGAUUUGAUUUGACAGCUUGGGACUGAAUAAUAAAUUGCAAUCAUUUGACUAUUUUGUAGAUAAUUAUAAGGUCUUAUAAAGGUUGAAUCAGAAAAUUCAGUUAUUUAAUAAUUUACGACUUUGGUAAUCCGGCUGAAAAUAUCGUUCCUCACAAAUCAUUUAUGAAGUUGCUGUUGUACUAAGAUAGUACAAUGAUCUGAAUUCAUAUGAUAAAUACUGCGAAUUAUUUCAUAACCCUUUACCUCGUCGUAACUGGGACUAAGAUUGUUUUUUUUUUGUUAUUAUUUUUUUUUUUUUGUUUCUAAGACUCACGUAUCCCUUGACAGAGUUGUUCCGCAUUGGAAAGAAAGGAACCAGCGCAAACGUUUAAGUGACAGUAAUUUUUUAUUCAUAUGCCUAGAAUACAGGGAUAUUGGAUAGGGACUACCGUGUUUUAUUAAGUUUGUAAUCAUAAGAAUGAAUAUAUGAACAAAUAAAUUAUCAUACGUGAAAUUUCCCGCACGCUGCGCAAUUUUCGUGAUUUUAAUAUCAAAAAUCCGUGAAUGAUUUAGAAUUGAUUAUUGUAUGAUAUACUUUACUGAUCUUAGUAUUGAGUACAUAGAAAUUUUUAGGAAUAUUUUCCUUAUUUUACGGAUGUAAACCCUGCGUGUAUACAUAUAACUGGAUUCGUUGAAUACAAUUGCAUAAUUGUACAUGUACGUACCACUUAUACAUAGUUCAUAACGUAAGCUAAAACGUUAAUAAGAAAGUUCGUUUUUAAUUUUACUUAACGUUUUUUUUUUCUCUCUAAUUUUUUAAUCACGGGAUUAGGACUGGUGUCCAAACUUGCGAACCUCGUAACAAAAAAGAAAAUAUUCCAAAAUUACUAACAGUAUAUAGACCGAAAUUAUUCAACCAUUCUACACUGCCAUGUACGAUUGAACGGGCUCUUUGGUACGAUCAAUGUAAACGGUAAAUGCGUAUAAACACAAGGAUAUGAUGCGAUACAAUAUAAAAGGUAUAAUAGGGGGACACGCUUUUGUAUUCAGAUUUUGAACAAAUUUGGUAUAAUCGAAAUUACAGAAAAGUCUAUCAUUGCAUGUAGCAUAGCAAACAGCAGUGUUUAUUUGAGUAUUGGCUAUACGCUAUGUAUCAUCAUAAUUUAAACUAGACAUAUUCAAUAGAAUGAUGAAUAAAGAAGAAAAUAUAUUCAAAAAAUAACACAAGAAAUGGAAUAAAUAAUUAUUAUAAUAUGUACAAUGUAAGAAACAAUAGCAUUAUCAAUACAAUUCUAUAGACAAACAUAUAUAAUAUAAAUAUUAAGUGUAAAAAAAGAACACAGAAAAUAGUUGAAAAGUGUGUGUGUGUGAGCAUGUCAACGUCAUCAUCGACUUACGGCCUACACAUACGUAUAUGUUUUGUCACGAUAUGUUUUUGAAUAAAUAUCUAUUUGAAUUAUA